GCCGGCCUCGCGGGCGGGGGUGAGGCGGUGGGACGCGCGCGUGUGAGGCAGGCGGCGGAGCCGACCGCGGCGGGGGUGUUCCCGCGCCGCCUGCCCGGGCCGAGCGGUGCAGACUGCGCUCGGCUUUCCGAGCAUGGCGAGUUACCUGCCUCCUUGCGUGGUGGACUGUGGCACUGGGUAUACCAAGCUUGGCUACGCAGGCAACACUGAACCACAGUUCAUUAUACCUUCAUGUAUUGCCAUCAGAGAGUCAGCAAAGGUGGUUGAUCAAGCCCAAAGAAGAGUAUUGAGGGGAGUUGAUGACCUUGACUUUUUCAUAGGGGAUGAAGCCAUAGACAAGCCAACAUAUGCUACAAAGUGGCCAAUAAGACAUGGUAUAAUUGAAGACUGGGAUCUUAUGGAAAGGUUCAUGGAACAAGUGAUUUUUAAAUAUCUUCGAGCUGAACCUGAGGAUCAUUAUUUUUUAAUGACAGAACCUCCACUGAAUACACCAGAAAAUAGAGAAUAUCUUGCGGAAAUCAUGUUUGAAUCAUUUAAUGUCCCAGGACUCUACAUUGCAGUUCAGUGUCUUCUCCAGGCAGUGUUGGCCUUAGCAGCAUCUUGGACAUCUCGACAAGUUGGUGAACGUACAUUAACAGGGAUAGUCAUUGACAGCGGUGAUGGAGUAACCCACGUUAUUCCAGUGGCAGAAGGUUAUGUAAUUGGAAGCUGCAUCAAACACAUCCCGAUUGCAGGUAGAGAUAUUACAUAUUUCAUUCAACAGCUGCUAAGGGAGAGGGAGGUGGGAAUCCCUCCUGAGCAAUCACUGGAGACUGCAAAAGCCAUUAAGGAGAAAUACUGUUACAUUUGUCCCGAUAUAGUAAAGGAAUUUGCCAAGUAUGAUGUGGAUCCCCGAAAAUGGAUCAAACAGUAUACAGGUAUCAAUGCGAUUAACCAGAAGAAGUUCAUUAUAGACGUUGGUUAUGAAAGAUUCCUUGGACCUGAAAUUUUCUUUCAUCCAGAGUUUGCCAACCCAGACUUUAUGGAAUCCAUCUCAGAUGUUGUUGAUGAAGUGAUACAGAACUGUCCCAUUGAUGUACGUCGUCCGCUGUAUAAGAAUGUCGUUCUUUCAGGAGGUUCAACAAUGUUCAGGGAUUUUGGACGUCGACUACAGAGAGAUUUAAAAAGAGUGGUGGAUGCCAGAUUAAAACUUAGUGAAGAGCUCAGUGGUGGCAGAAUAAAGCCUAAGCCUGUGGAGGUUCAGGUGAUAACACAUCAUAUGCAACGCUAUGCUGUUUGGUUUGGAGGCUCCAUGCUUGCCUCAACUCCUGAGUUCUUUCAAGUUUGUCAUACCAAGAAGGACUAUGAAGAGUAUGGCCCUAGCAUUUGCCGUCACAAUCCUGUCUUUGGAGUCAUGUCAUAGUAUUUGCCUUGAAAUGAUCAUUCAAGUCAUGAUAUGUGAGUGGAAAGUGUCCUUCCGAAACCAGAGAAGACUGCAGUUUCUGUAAAUAAUGAUGUUUGGUAUCGCUGUCUGCGGAGUGAGCUUGCAUCACAUUAGUGCAUGAGGGCACAACUCAGUCAUUUCAACAAAAGCCAUGUAUGUGCUGACUAUUAUGCCCAUUCUUUCUUCCUUCACUUUUUCCCUUUUAAUUCUCCUCAUUUUCUCUCCUUCUCUCCACCUGAGCUUCUAGUUGACAGACAAAAUUCUGAAGGAAUUCAAAUGUCACUUUAAAAAUUGUUAGAAAAAAAUACUAGAAAAUGGCAUAAAAUAGUUCCUCCCUAGGAAAGGUGUAAACCUUUUACUUCCCAGCCUAUUUUUGUAAAUAAAAUGUUAUAAACUUGAAAUACAAAUUGAUGUUUAUAUUUCCUAUCAUUUUGUAUUCUAUGGUAUUUGGUACAACUGGCUGAUCCUAAGCACGGAUAGAUAUUGAUGUCAUGGAGUGCUGUAAUAAAAGUUUCUAAUUGUGAGGCAUGUUCUAGUAUGUUUACAGACAAAAUAAAAAAGAGCAAACUGUU